AUGAGCUCCCGGGCGGGGACCAAUGGCGCGGAAGGGAGUGGGCGUGUCCCCCGCCCGCCGCUUAAAGAAAGUUGUGCGGGCGGCCGCGCCUCCAGCCGCCCAGUCGGAGAAGAGGACCGGGAGCGGGACGGGGAGCGGGAGCGGGAGCGGGAGCGGGAGCGGGAGCGGGAAGGAGGAGCGGGCACCGGGCCGGAGCCGAGGCCGGGGACGCACCUCCGCCUCACGGCCAGCGCGGACCCGGACCCGGACCCGGACCCGGACCCGGACCCGGACCCGGGCCGGGACCCGAGAGGGCGCUUCGGUGGGGCGCGGCGGGCCCGGGGCAGGGCGGAGGAGGGGGCGCCCGGGGCCGGACGCCCCCGCGAAGGCGAGCGGCGCCUUCCCGCCGCCGGCCCCCUCCCGCCGGGCUCCGCCCGCCUCCCCCGCGCCCAGCCCGGGGAGCGUCCGCGCAGCCCGGCGGCCCGGCCCGCCCGGGACGAGGACGAGGACUCGGAGUCGGACGGGCCGCCGGCCCCGCGGGGGGGAGCGGCGGAGGGCGACGGGGCCGAGGCGGGGGCGGAGGCGGGGGCGAAGGCGGGGGCGAAGGCGGGGGCCCCGGGCCCCGGGCCGGCGGACGAGCGGUUCCCGGCCUGCAUCCGCGACGCCGUGUCGCAGGUGCUGAAGGGCUACGACUGGAGCCUGGUGCCCAUGCCGGCGCGGGGAGGCCCGGGGGGCCCCGGCGGCCCCGGGGGCCUCAAGGCCAAGCCGCACGUCAAGCGGCCCAUGAACGCCUUCAUGGUGUGGGCCCAGGCCGCCCGCAGGAAGCUGGCCGACCAGUACCCGCACCUGCACAACGCCGAGCUCAGCAAGACCCUGGGAAAGCUGUGGCGCCUGCUGAGCGAGAACGAGAAGCGGCCUUUCGUGGAGGAAGCCGAGCGGCUCAGGGUGCAACACAAGAAAGACCACCCGGAUUACAAAUACCAACCUCGGAGGCGCAAGAGCACCAAGACCGGCCAGAGCGACUCCGACUCAGGGGCCGAGCUCGGCCACCCGCCGGGCACUCAGCUGUACAAGGCGGACGCGGGCCUCGGAGCCUUGGGAGACGCCCACCACCACGGCGACCACCCAGGGCAGGCGCACGGACCGCCCACCCCGCCCACCACGCCCAAGACGGACGGGCCGCAGGCCGGCGGCAAGCCGGAGCUGAAGCUCGAAGGGCGCCGCCCGGUGGACGGUAGCCGCCAGAACAUCGACUUCAGCAACGUGGACAUCUCGGAGCUGAGCAGCGAGGUCAUCAACAACAUGGAGACCUUCGACGUGCACGAGUUCGACCAGUACCUGCCCCUCAACGGCCACUCGGCCCCGCCCUCCGACCACGGCCAGGGCGCCCCGGCGGGCUCCUACGGGCCGCCCUACCCGCACCCGGCCGCCGGCCCCGGGCCCUCGCCCGCCUGGACGCUCAAGACCGCGGCCUCCGCCUCCUCCGCGGCCUCCCCGGAAGGCGGCCGGCAGCGGCCGCACAUCAAGACGGAGCAGCUGAGCCCCGGCCGCUACGGCGACCGGCCGCACGGCUCCCCGCCGCCCUCGGACUACGGCUCCUUCGGCGCCCAGGCCUGCGUCGCCACCGCCCCCUCGCCCGCCGCCUUCGCCGGCUCCCAGUGCGACUACACCGACCUGCAGGGCUCCGGCUACUACGGCGCGUACCCGGGCUACCCCUCCGGCCUCUACCAGUACCCCUACUUCCACUCUUCCCGCCGCCCGUACGCCACCCCCAUCCUCAACGGGCUGUCGCUGCCUCCCGCCCACAGCCCCUCCGGCAGCUGGGACCAGCCCGUCUACACCACUCUGACGCGGCCCUAGGCGGCGACCCCGCUGCGGGGAGGGGAGCCCUCCGCCUCGGGGGAAAGCCUCGGGCGCGGGUCGAGCGCCCCGCGCUGAGGACGGAUCGGAGGACCGUGGACCUGGGGGCCGACCGAGCCUCACGGGGAGACUGAUGUGUGCGGCCGGGGCCCGGGGGGGCGCCCUCCGUCCCGCCCCUCGACGGACGGGGCGCCGCGGGCUCCCGCCCGGGUCCCGGGACCGCCCCCGUGACACCCGGGGCCGAUCCCGGGCCACCUCGGCCACCGGGAGGCCUAAAGCGGAUGCCGGACCGGCGUCUCUGCGGGCAGAGGGGCCGGACCGGCCACCGGCCGGGGAGACGCGGCCUCCGGUUGACCCGGGCCCGGAAUCCCCGAGCCACUUUUAGUUGCGGGGGCCCGGCCUCUUCCGAGGCCGCGGAGGCAUCUCCGUCAGUUGUGAAUUCGUGGUCCGGAUCGUCGUGUCUUCGGUGCCGUCCUCCGUGCAGAUAGUCGACUUCGGACAGAGUCCGGGUCGGAACCCCAUCGGGAGGCGGGGACGCGACCGCCGGCCGCCGUGCCCCGAGGCCGGACGCAGAGCGUGGCGCCGGCAGCGCCCUGCCAGCCCAGCGGAAGGCAGGUUGUACCCGAGGGCCCGACCGCCAGCGCCCUGGAGGUGUGAGGGGCCAAAGGACCAGCCCGGGCACUCUGUGGGGCACUCUGUCCAGGGGUGACACCGAGGGGGGGGGGAGCAGCUGGGCCGCUUCCAUGGGGGUUUCACCGUGAGGAGAUCCCACCCCCUCUCCACCCAUUCCAAGAGCCUCGAAGGGCGACGCACCUCACCACCCCCUACCCCCCGGAGCAGGCCUGACCGCUGGACGGGAGCCAGGAGUUCCGGGGUAACUGGAAGCCCGUGUCCCCCCCGGGCUGUUAGGGACCAGACGUCCGUCACCCUCAAGCUGUGAAACUAAAACCUUCCCACUAAACUCUGUUUGGGUAGUUCGGGUCGGACUAACAUUUCACUGGUUUCUCUUACCUGCCCCCCGCCCCCCCGCCCCACGACACCCCACCGUAUGCUGAGCGUAGAACAACCAGACACUUGUUGGUCACUCGUGUGCCUUCUCACACUCUGCAAAAUCGAAACGCAAUUGAGAAGUUUCCUCCUUCUUCCUUUUUCUACUUUUCCUACUUUUUUCUACAAUUAUUUUUUUGCCCGUUUCCUGCUGCGGGGGGGAGAUUAGCAAUUUUUAUGCAAUCUAUUUUUCGGUAUACACUUUUGAAAGACUUUAGCUGGCACUCAUCUGCUCUGUCUCACUAGUUUCUGACCAAGCAAUGCUAACUUUUGUACAGAUCGAUUUGAUAAAAUUAAAACAAGCUUUCUAUCUCA